AUGAUCCACCAUCGCCCUCUCCUUCUCGUCUUCCUGUUCCUCGUCGGCGUCACAUCCUUUCACUACCUCAUUGUGGCAACCAUUGGAAGUCAAUCUACCCUCCUUGGCGGAUUUGCCCCGAUCGCGGACGUCCAUGAACCCCAUAUCCAGGAGAUCGGCGAGUUCUCCGUGUCGGAGUUCAACAAGCAAUCCAGAGUGCAGCUGGUCUUCAUCCGCCUCAUCAGCGGGAAGAAGCAGGUCCUGGCGGGGAUCACCUACAAGCUCGUCGUCUAGGCUAAGGACAGCGAUGUCGCGCACCAGUUCGAGGCUGUAUUAUACGAGAAAGUUUGGGCCGGUACCAGGCAACUCACUUCCUUCAAGAUCAAGGCUUGA